AGCGUAACUUCCACUACCCGCGCACUCCUCGACAAGCACCGACAGAGCACCACAAAUCCAUCGCAUGGGAUCGCGAUGGUGAGGAACGCAGGCACCUGCCUCUACAAGGAGGCGCGACUGAACAUUGAGCCCGCGUUCCCUGGAUCGACUAUCUCGAUUACGCUCCCCGCGAAAAGCGCAAACGCGAUCGGCUUCUCGACCCGGCCAAAGCGCACCGUAUACGACGAGCAGGACAUUGGGAUUGACGAUGACGCAUUCACCAAGAGACAUUUGGCUACCGAUGGUUCAGUAUAUUUCCGACGGCGUAACACAUACCCGCGCAGCUUUCUCUGGCGCGUGCUAGAUGAGAGAAAGACACUCGAGAUCCAGGCGGUGGACCUAGAACACGAUGAGCGCAGCACGCAUGAAGCGAACCUAACUCUCCUUCUGCACUUCAGCGCUCCCAUUCGCCCUUUCUGCGUCGCAUUCGCCGAACCGGACAACGACCAGAACUCCAUUACCGUCUUCGCGAUCACGAACACCAAUGAGCUGUACACGAUAGCCAUACCCUGCUCGUUCUUCAGUAAAGAGGUGGCAUCGGAGGUGGAUGUUGAGCAUUGGUGCAAACGGAGCACGCCUGCCUUACUCCAUGCAAACAUCCCAUACCGCCUUGUCGCAGUCAGUACCGAUCAACUGUUGGUGUCGCUGGACAACGGAAGCAUACUACGUCUCUUACGGGAUAACAAAGACGACAUACUAUGGACGGAAGCCACUUUCCAGCACAGCAAUUGGUCGCUUACGUUGCGCGGCGUAUUGCCUUGGGGAGGGCAACAGACGGUCCGCUUUGGAAACACAGAUCUGGCAGCAUCUACUGCGGCAAACAUGUCACUUUCACCUGACGGGACCCAUAUAAUAUCCGUGUGCUUGGACCAUACUCUUCGGAUAUUCAAUCUGCAGUCUGGCAAACUGACAAGGCAGCAAGACUUACUAGAUGUUGCAGACGGCGCGCAGGACCGAAAUCAAUCACACCUUCUUGGACCAUCGCAACCCAAGUUGAUGCAAAUAGUAGAGGCUCUCGGUGUUGCGCAUAUCUCGUACUUCGUGGUCAUUUACUCCCCAAUCCAACACGAGUUCAAAUUCUAUGGUGUCAGGUCGGAUGACCUGGCGGACCCCGGAGCCUUUGCCGAUAUUCAGCCCGACUUUAGCUUCGUCCCUCCCAUAGACGAUCUUAUGAAUGCGACCGUGUGGACAUUGGAAGAAUUUUAUAUUGUCCCAUCGGCCUCAGCUUGGAAGGGAUCCCAGCUAUGGCUUCGCGCGCGGUCAGGCCCAAGCAGCAGAGUCUUUCAGAUUGCCUUCGAUCCUUCUGACGACGUCGAGCGACUAUCACGCGUCUGGAAGAACGACUGGACUUCUGUGGAUUCCGGUCCACUUACCAUCGAAGGACUGAGGAAAGAGCCAACCAACCCUGCGGAACAAGAAUGGGAUGCUUCGGAGCUUUUUGAAUUGGGCAUCACAGAAAGCUGGCUAAAGUUCCUCUUUCUUCCCGAACGGUUCACAAUUGCUACACUCGAGACUGCACUCUUCAUAUUGCAGAAAGGGAUUGAAGGCGAUCGCUCUUCGACUAGGGCGAAAGGGUCUUUGAAAGAUCGAUUAUGCGUGACAAUUGCGAAAGCAGCACGGAGACAUACUUCGGAAGACACACCGGUUGAUUACGAACGGUCAAUUGCCGAACAAUGGGAAGCAUAUUACGGGUUGGUCAAGGACUUGCACAAACGGAGAGGAGAAUCCCUCUCUUUGGCAUACGACCCUGUGUCCGAUCAGCCUUGGGUGGUUUUGAGCGACUACUUGUCUGCUGUCCGCAAGUGUAGCGAGCCGGAGGCUAUUUUGAGUAACGCAGAUGUCUUAACGAACAGACAUUUACCGAGCGGACCUCUACGCAAAGCACUUCAAAAGCCGGAUGCACAGUCUCCAGAAGUACGUCGGUUACUGAGCGCAGCUGCUUCAUUCCGACGACGACUACCUUCAUCGUUCCAGCACGACUUGAAGCGCUAUCUCCACGCAGACCUACUACAAAGUCGCUCGAUCACUGUAAUUGACCGAAUGGAACAGAUGGAAGCUGACUGCGACCUCUCGACGACAAUGAGCGAUGAUGACCUAGCCUCUCUCAUUGAAGAUCUUGGCGAUGGUGUCAAUCGCUUGAGCACUGAAGUUUUCCAGAGCGCUCUGCGGACCCUUAAAUUCGAGAAGAAAGGUGGACAACCUAGGUCAACGCAGUCUGCUCGAUACGGGCUCAAGGCCUUGCUCAGGAUAGCAUCAGAGACUCUGGCCUUCAACUACGAGACUUUGCUGGAUCUACUCGUCUUGAUCCUGUUCAUGCAGUUCGAGGAGGACAUAUCAGAUGAUUUCGACGCGUCGGCAGUCUUUUUCGACCUCAUGAACGAGUUCAAGGAUUGGAUUGUAUUGGAUUGGAUCGCGACAACUGUCUGGUCGCAUCAAACACCCACGGGUCGAAGCUCGACACGCUGGAUGAAAGAGUUUGAUGAUGUCUCGAAAACAUCGUCAAGGUUUCCCAUCACUCAAACUGCCCUUGAAGGCAUGUAUGGCUAUGGUGCAACCUCGAUUCCGGUAUCAAGUAGUCUCAAGACGGAGUAUCUCACCUAUUGGAGCCAGGCCUGGCUCGCAUCCAUUUUUGCGCCGCAGGACCAGACAUUUGAUUCGAUCGUGGAGGAUAUGAUGGGCAAACUCCUGUUCCAGAAAGAAUACGAGCUUGCAAAAGAUUUCUCCAAAUUCUUACCCGAGAGCAGCUGGGCCAGCUAUUUGAAAGGUCGGAUGCAUAUCGCACUCGGAGAGAACCAAUUGGCAUCCCUAUGCUUUCAAAAGCCAGCCUACAAUCUCGCCCUUGGAAUUGGAUUUUCCGUGGAUAUGGCGGACACGGCACGACUGGUUCCAGAAACGGAGCAGGACUUGUUCUCCGACGGCCUGCCGAAAUACUACAAUCAUGUGCUAGGCUUGUUUGAGAAGGCGAAGGUGUACUCUUUUGCGGCCGAUUAUGCUCGACUAGGUCUGAACUCGAUGAUGGGGUUCGAAGAUGAGAAUCUGAGGACCGAACUUCUGCAGCGGCUUUUCACAGCUUCCAUACAAACAUCACGAUUUGAAGAAGCAUACACUGCGAUGAUCAGGCACACCGAUAUCGCGUUGAAGCACUCCUCGCUCAAAAGCCUUGUCACGUCCAUGGUUGCGCAAGCACAGACGGCAGCGCUUCUCAAGUUCCCUCUUGUCGGCCUGGUGGAGGAGAUGGACACGAUUCUUUCGGAUCUAUGUCAGAAGACGCUAAACAUCGGAUCAGGACCACCUUACCAUCAGAUUCUCUAUGCUUUCCGGAUCUCUCGCAGCAACUUCCGGGGCGCAGCAACGAUUCUUUACGAGCGGCUACAGCGUCUCAAAACUACAUCGUCCCAAGUGCACGAUCCGGCCGACGAGUCUCUGAUACAGUGCUAUCUGAUGAUUAUCAACGCACUGUCGUCAGUGAGCCCCGAGGAUGCGUAUAUCCUCGCAGAUCAGCGCAUUGAUGAAGGAAUACCCCAGUUCUUGCACGGGCCAAUCGGCACGGCGAAAAAACUGCUCAAGCGGCAUAUCGUGACGCUGGAUACGCUGAGGAAGGAGUAUCAGGCAGAGCUCGAUCGUGUGGCGGCCAUCGAGCAUGGGCAUUUUGCUUUCAUGGACCCGGCUGAUGAGAUGGAUAUCCUGUAAGAGUAUUUGGUGAUUUAGCCUGGCGUUUCUUAUGAUUUGGAGGCCUUGAGCAUCUGGGGGAAUCAUGCACGGCAUCGAUACGCUUAGCGACACGGCUAUAGCCUGGCAAGAUGUAUGACAUAGUAAU